UUCAUCAAGAUGAUGAAUUGGCUCUUCAUCAAUCUGAUCCGGUCUUGAGUUUGUCCAUGGCUGGUACAAGCACUCAAUACGUCCCUCCUCCACCUUCUUCUUCUUCGUCUUUGUCAGAUCCAUGGAAGUACGAAGUCUUCUUGAGUUUUCGAGAGGCAUUUGCAAAGCAAGCAGAGCGCUUUGUGGCCGAAAUUGAAAAGGUGGAGAAAUGGAGAGCUGCACUUACUCAAGUUGGGAGUAUAGCAGGGCUUUGUUGUGAUAAUGUCGAAAAUCGGUACGUAAUUCAUACUAGCCUUCUUCGGUUCCUCGUGCACCUGUUAUCUUAG